UCCCAGGAGAGGAGCCCAGCCCCCGGGCAGAAGAAGCUAUGGCAGACCCCUAUUUCAGACAGAGGAGGAGGCUCAUUUACAAGGCAGAUCGACCAGAUCCCUGCCUGGGGCUCUGAGUCCCGCAUCCAGCCACUGCCACCCUGCAGGCUAUAAGAGCAUGCUGACUUCCGGACCAGUGCUGGGCGGGUGCCAUGUGAGCCCAGUCUAGCUUCCCCUCCUGUUCACCCUCCUUCCUUCCCUCCUGUCUGCUGGUAUUUGCCCAACCUCUCCAAAGAGGGACACUGGGCAUCAUGUCACUGCUCAACCCUGUCCUGUCACCCCCUACCGUGAAGGCGUAUCUGAGCCAAGGGGAGCGCUUCAUCAAAUGGGACGAUGAAACUUCAAUUGCCUCCCCAGUUAUCCUCCGUGUGGAUCCCAAGGGCUAUUACUUAUACUGGACAUAUCAGAGUAAGGAGAUGGAGUUUUUGGAUAUCACGAGCAUCCGAGACACUCGCUUUGGCAAGUUUGCCAAGAUACCCAAGAGCCAGAAACUCAGGGAGGUCUUCAACAUGGACUUCCCAGAUAACCACUUCCUGCUGAAAGCGCUCACAGUGGUGUCGGGCCCUGACAUGGUGGACCUCACCUUCCACAACUUUGUCUCUUACAAGGAGAACGUGGGCAAGGACUGGGCUGAGGAUGUACUGACUCUCACCAAACACCCGAUGACAGCCAACGCUCCCCGCAGCACUUUCCUAGACAAAAUCCUGGUGAAGCUUAAAAUGCAGCUCAAUCCUGAAGGAAAGAUUCCUGUGAAGAAUUUUUUCCAGAUGUUUCCUGCUGACCGCAAACGCGUAGAAGCUGCCCUCAGUGCUUGUCACCUUGCAAAGGGCAAGAAUGACGCUAUCAAUCCUGAGGACUUCCCAGAGUCUGUAUACAAGAGCUUCCUCAUGAGUCUCUGUCCUCGGCCAGAAAUAGACGAGAUCUUCACUUCUUACCACGCUAAAGCUAAACCCUACAUGACCAAGGAGCACCUGACCAAAUUCAUCAACCAGAAGCAGCGAGACUCUCGCCUCAACUCCUUGCUCUUCCCACCUGCCCGGCCUGAGCAGGUGCAGGCCCUCAUCGACAAGUACGAACCCAGCGGCAUCAAUGUGCAGAGGGGCCAGCUGUCGCCAGAGGGCAUGGUCUGGUUUCUCUGUGGCCCAGAGAACAGUAUGCUGGACCACAAUGCACUGCUGCUCCACCAGGACAUGACACAGCCCCUGAAUCACUACUUUAUCAAUUCCUCCCACAAUACCUACCUGACAGCUGGCCAGUUUUCAGGCCUCUCCUCGGCUGAGAUGUACCGCCAGGUGCUGCUGUCUGGCUGCCGCUGUGUAGAAUUAGACUGUUGGAAGGGAAAGCCCCCCGAUGAGGAGCCCAUCAUCACCCAUGGCUUCACCAUGACCACAGAUAUCUUGUUCAAGGAAGCAAUCGAGGCCAUCGCAGAAAGUGCCUUUAAGACCUCCCCCUAUCCUGUCAUCUUGUCAUUUGAAAAUCACGUGGACUCACCCCGCCAACAGGCUAAGAUGGCAGAGUACUGCAGGACCAUGUUUGGAGACACCCUACUCACAGAACCCCUGGAAAAAUUUCCUCUGAAACCUGGCAUCCCCCUGCCCAGCCCUGAGGACCUCCGGGGCAAGAUUCUCAUUAAGAAUAAGAAGAACCAGUUUUCUGGUCCAGCAUCCCCCAGCUCCCCUGAUGAGCAGAAGCCUAGUGGGGAGGCUGAGGGCAACAGCCCGUCUAGUGUCCCCAUAGAGGACGACGACACAGUAUGGACCGGUGAGGACCGGACUGAGGCAGAGGAGGAGGUGGACGAGGAGGAAGAGGAAGAGUCAGGAAGCCUGGAUGAAGAAGAGAUAAAGAAGAUGCAGUCUGAUGAGGGCACAGCAGGCUUGGAGGUGACAGCUUAUGAGGAAAUGUCCAGCCUGGUCAACUACAUCCAGCCCACCAAGUUCAUCUCCUUUGAGUUCUCUUCGCAGAAGAACAGAAGUUAUGUCAUCUCUUCCUUCACGGAGCUCAAGGCCUACGAGCUGCUCUCCAAGUCCUCGAUGCAGUUUGUGGACUACAAUAAACGCCAGAUGAGCCGAGUGUACCCCAAGGGCACACGCAUGGACUCUUCGAACUACAUGCCCCAGAUGUUCUGGAAUGCUGGGUGCCAGAUGGUUGCCCUCAAUUUCCAAACAAUGGACCUGCCAAUGCAGCAGAACAUGGCACUGUUUGAGUUCAACGGGCAGAGUGGAUACCUCCUAAAGCACGAGUUCAUGCGCAGGCUGGACAAGCAGUUCAACCCCUUCUCGGUGGACCGCAUUGAUGUGGUGGUAGCCACCACCCUUUCCAUUACGGUGAUCUCUGGGCAGUUCCUGUCAGAACGCAGUGUUCGUACCUAUGUGGAAGUGGAAAUAUUUGGCCUCCCAGGGGACCCCAAGAGGCGCUUUCGUACCAAGCUGUCACCUACUACUAACUCCAUCAAUCCUGUCUGGAAAGAGGAGCCCUUUGUCUUUGAGAAGAUCUUGCUGCCUGAACUGGCCUCCCUUAGGAUAGCUGUGAUGGAAGAAGGGAACAGAUUUCUCGGACACCGAAUCAUCCCCAUCAAUACCUUGCGUUCUGGAUACCACCACUUGUGCCUGCGCAGCGAGAGCAACAUGCCUCUUACCAUGCCUGCCCUCUUUGUCUUCCUGGAGAUGAAGGACUAUGUGCCCGACACGUGGGCAGAUCUUACUGUGGCUCUCGCCAACCCCAUCAAGUACUUCAAUGCCCACGAUAAGAAAUCUAUGAAGCUCAAGGAGGUGACAGGAAGUCUGCCUGAGGCUGUCUUCACCCAGAAGCCCUUCUCAUCCGUGAUUCCUGUUGCCAGACAGUCCAAUGGGGCUUCAGUCCCGGCCGGCAACGGGUCGACAGCACCGGGGGCCAAGGCCAAGGAGGAAGCUACCAAAGAAGUGGCAGAGCCACAGACAGCCAGCUUGGAGGAGCUGCAGGAACUAAAGGGCGUGGUGAAGUUGCAGCGGAGACAUGAGAAGGAGCUUCGAGAGUUGGAGCGGCGUGGAGCCCGGCGCUGGGAGGAGCUGCUGCAGCGUGGCACCGCACAGCUGGCAGAACUCGGUGCUCCAGGAGCUGCCUGCAAGAUCCGCCCGGGCAAGGGUUCCCGCAAAAAGAGGAUCCUGCCUUGUGAGGAGACUGUCGUGGUCGGGCCUAGCGAGCUUCCCGAGGCUGCGGACCCGCGCGUGCAGGAACUGAAGGAUAGGCUGGAGCAGGAGCUGCAGCAGCAGGGCGAGGAGCAGUACCGCUCGGUCCUCAAGCGCAAGGAGCAGCACGUGACCGAGCAAAUCGCCAAGAUGAUGGAGCUGGCCAGAGAGAAACAGGCUGCUGAACUCAAGAUCUUCAAGGAGACCUCAGAAAUUGACACCAAAGAGAUGAAGAAAAGACUGGAGGCCAAGAGGCUGGAACGGAUCCAGGCCAUGACCAAAGUCACCACAGACAAGGCGGCCCAAGAGAGGCUCAAGAGAGAGAUUAACAACUCCCACAUCCAGGAAGUGGUACAGGCUAUCAAGCAGAUGACAGAGACCCUGGAGCGGCACCAGGAGAAGCUGGAAGGGAAGCAGACAGCCUGCCUGGAGCAGAUCCGGGAGCUGGAAAAGCAGUUCCAGGAGAAGGCGCUGGCUGAGUAUGAGGCCAGGAUGAAGGGCCUGGAGACUGAAGUAAAGGAAUCAGUGAGGGCCUGCUUCAAGGCCUGCUUCCCCUCUGGAACAGAGGACCAGCCUGAGAGGGCCUGUGAGGCUGCUAAGGAGCUGUGUCCACAGGAAUCAUUCCCGAACAAAGCAGACACCCAGGAGAGCCGCCUCUGAUGCCGCCACCUCACUCAGACAUUUCAGCAAGGAUAUCCACACCCUUCUCUGAAACAUGGUUCUAGCCCCUUGAAGAAAAGGACCCUAAUUAAUACUCGGGGGCCAUGGGAGCUCGUGGCUCCCUUGGGUACUGCAGUCCCCUUCUCAUCCAGAUGAAGGCAGGAAGAACAGACCAUCAGGACAAAGAGCCCACUUGGAAGCCAAGUCUUUUUCUAAGGUGGCUUCUUCUGUCCAUCCCACCCAUAGAGCUAUGUACCCAUUGAAGGCCAAGAAGCAUGGGCCAAGAGAGAAGAAAUUGGAUCUGGUCUCCCCUCUGCCUUUCCUAGUGUGCAGCCAACCACUCCCCACUUGGAGCUCAUUUUCCUUUCCUGGAGGCUUGGCUCUACUCCCUAGAACCUUUACUCUUGGACCUGUGGCUCCAGCAGAAUCCAAUCGAAGCCUCCUGCCUUGAUGUAGCACCCUGCAAAGGCUUCCAGGCCACAUCUCGGGCCUGCCUUGAGAACAGAGUGUUGCCAGCUCCUUAAGGCAGAGCCUGGCGCUGCCUCGAAACUUUCUGGGGGUGGCUACUUUCAGGGUGGCGGCAAAAGCCCCUGCCUGCACCUCCUGCCUAUGACAGGUGGCUCCUCAGCUGCUCAAACACUGGGGUGACGAAGGAGACUCUAGCUUCUCGGGUAUUCUCUCUCCCACCUCUGACCCUGGGUCCACACUUUUUUCUGGGUCUCGGUCUGGCACUUCCGUUCUGGCACCCCACCCCUAUCAGGUGGGUUGCUUGAGGGGUUCAUCAUCAUUUCCUUUCCUGGAUUUAUGUGGUUUAUUUAUUUUUUCCUUCCUCUGCCUACCAAAAGACCCCUAACCUGAAACUUCCUGCCUUAGGCUGGUCUCUAUUCUCCCUUAGGAAAAGUCAGCAGGGGAGUGGAAGGCCUUCGAAAUGAAGCUGCUUGAAAGGGAAUGGGGGUGGGUCCCUUGGGAACCUUCUAGGGCUCGGUAAAAUGGCCUUGCCUCUGGAUUUAAA